UGGCGGGAGGAAAGCGGCGGGAAAGGCCACCCGGUUCCCCUUUCCCUCCACUGCUGCCUCGUCUCCUUCUUCAGCCGCCGCCGAGACGAAAAGCGCGGCGUCCCCCCUAACCCCGAUUCUGAGAACCACAGCUCUGCCUUCCGCCCUAUACUGAUCCGUGUCUUGGGCCGUGGGAUUGCAAAGAUCGGCAUGGAAGAUCUGGCUGGCAAUGCCAAUGACUUAGUUGAACAAGAUGAGAGCACUGGCAGCAUCCCCAGCCCAUUGUUCACCGGUACAAAGCUGAACAAAAGGCUUCGGUCAAAGGUGUGGGAUGACUUCAUACCCACCUAUGUUGAUGGGAAGGUCACGCGGGCUGAAUGCAUGCACUGCCACCAGGUCUUCAGUGGAACCAAUGGCACUAGCAGCCUGAUACGGCACCUGACAAAUUGCAUCCCCGCGACUCAGAAGAGGCCAAAGAUGCAGGAGCACACAUCAUUUCCAUUUAUGCAGAAGGUCAAAAUAGCUGCUGGCUCUGAUCUGAGACAGAAGAAGCUCUCAUUCUUGCCAUCCAGCCAAAAGAAAUGCACAGACACAAAAGUUACAGCGCCUGAGCAGGAGCUUGCCUUGCCUGAUAUUCCCACGAACACGAAUAGGAAGAAUCAGGAUGUUGAUCAGAAUGGGUCUCAUGAAGGACCUGAUGCACCUGAGCAGAAGAAUCUUUCUUUGCUUGGUAUUUCCACUGACAACAAUAGGAAGAAUCUAUCUACAGAGGAAAUCAUGUUGCCUAAGCAGAUGGUCAUCCCUGUUGACACGAGUCAGAAGCAUCAGGAGGUUGAUCAGGAUACUUCCCAUGAAGAACUUAUCGAGAUGUUGGCCAUGCAUGGGCACCUACCAAGGAUGGUGGAGCAAGACGGAUUCAGGAAGCUAGUUGCUUGGUCGAAUCCUAAAAUCAAGAUGCCAUCCCACGAUGAUGUGAUGGUGUACACUUCAAACUUGUUCCAGAAGGAAAAAUCCAAGCUGAAGGAGGAGUUAAUAGCCUUGCGCGGUCGUGUUUGCUUGAGUGUCUAUAUGUGGCACUAUGAUCCAAUCUCACCAUUCUUGUGCUUGAGAGUUCAUUACAUUGAUGACGAAUGGGAGGAGCAGCAAAAGAUCAUCGUAUUCCGUGCUGUGGAUUCGUCUUGUGCUGCAAAUGAAUUGAGUGAUAUCAUAUUGGGAGCUAUUGAACAAUGGGGCCUUGAUGGCAAGAUUUUCUGCAUUAUACUGGAUGAUGCGUUCAUUGAUGAUUCAGUGGCUUCAAGUGUCAGGGCCAACCUUCAGGAACGGAAUCCACUCACUGCAAAACGGAGCUUGUUUGUGGUUCGUUAUGCAACUCAUUUGCUCGAUCAGGUUAUUCAGGUUGGACUGGAUGAACUUGGUAAAAUCAUGGAGAAGUUGUCAAAAUGUUCCAAGCAUACAAAGAGUCUCGCCCCUUCAGCGGUACAGUAUCCCAACUGCAGAUAUGCACCAUCAUCAGAAGACUGGCGGACAGCAAGGAAGAUUUGUUCGAUAUUGGACGAUCUCCAUAAACACGUGGACUUCGCUUUAGAGUAUCCUACUCCAGCUCAUUUCUUUAACAUGGCGUGGGAUGUGAAGAAGGAUGUGAAUUUUAAAUCUUAUAUGUGCAAGGAUGAUGACACAUUUUCUAAAAUACAGGAGAAGAUGCAAAAGAAGUUCAAGGAAUGCUGGAAAGUCUCUUUCUUCCAUUUCUGUAUGCCUAUGGUCAUGGAUCCUGAAUGCCGCCUGGAGCGCAUCAAGUCCCACAUUUGGCUCUCUGAUUUGGACAAAAAUGUACGAGAUUGUAUUCAUGAUGUGCUUGAUACAUUUGCUAGCCUGUUCAAUGAGUAUUCAGAUCAGGUGGAAGACCCUAGCAGCACUUCCGGGUCCAAAACUAGCAAGGGAAUUGUUGUAGAUGGAGAUAAGCUGGCGGAGUAUUAUCGUUAUCACCAAUCUCAGUACAGCGAGAGACCAAUGGCUGAACUUGAUCAGUACCUACAAGCGCCACAUCUCACUACAAGUGAGCCUGCUGGUUUAAAAAGAACAGCAGGUAAACCCAGUGCUCUCCGAUGGUGGAAGGGACCCUGUGUUCUCCGUUGGUGGAAGGAACAUAGCCUGAAUUAUCCUACUAUUGCUCGGAUGGCACGUGAUGUGUUAGCACUACCGUGCGUUAGUGACUGGAAGGUUGCAACAAGGACUGCAACACUGGCAAUAUCAGAGUCUGGUAGUAGACAGUGGGUUGAAGAGCUUGUUUGUACUCAGGAUUGGCUGACACCAGCUGGAACGGGCGAGGAGUCAACUGAUGAUCUCUAAACUGAAGAUUCCAUCCUUCCUAAUGUUUUUAGGCUGCUUUUCUGAUUUACCAUUUGCUAACCUGUGCUGUUAGCAAUGAGCAUUUAGACCUUUCUUAGCAGGAUUAAGAUGGUAUAUCGUGUGAGGAGGCUUUUGUAUGUAUGUGUGAUCUGGAGCUUGUCAGCAGUUCCUGCUUAACCUUGUCAAUGUUCUAUCUGAUGCUUAAUUUAUGUUCAGAUAUUCA